AUGGUUAGCUUUACUGACGAUGCCAAUCUGACCCCGUCCGACUUUGCAAUUGACAUCAAUGUCUUGCCCUACCAGCUGAAAGACGGGCACAAGCAGUACCAGGAGAAGAUGAAGAACCACUUCCUGGGUGUUCUGAAGCGCUUGGGGUUCGACGAUGGCGACGGCGUCGUCGAGGUGUGCCUUGUGCGAGACUACGAGGGCGCCAUCAGCACAUUCCUGGCCAAGGGAGACCUGAUCCUCGCCGAGCAUGGAGAUGUGAUCCGGAUGAAGGCUUUGGAAGGCAAAGAUGACGCCGCAAGCAAGGCCAAGUACGAGAAGCUGGAGAAGGCAACGCACAAGAAAUAUGACAAAAUGAUGCGAAUGGAUAACAGCAUCCGAUCUCAAGCAGACAAGAGUGACGAUGAUCGUGGUGUGGUGCGUGCCUUCGUGAUCUUCGCCAAGGAGACCUACAAGAAAGCCGUGCUUGAUGAGUAUCGCUUCUCUCAGUACGGCUUGUUCCGCUGCUGUCAAGGUGAGCCUCGGAGAUUUGAAGGUCACACGCUCAAGGUCCAAAGCGCUUGCGAGCCCAGCGACCUGUACUGGGAGAACCUGGACUUUGCCUGGUGGAAGCGAGGCUGCCGGAUCUGCUUCGUGGUGUUGCUCACAUUGAUUUUCUUGAUCGUCUGUGCCGCAUCACUUGUUUACUUCCAGUCGCUCUCCAAAUCAACCCUUGCAAGCCUCAACGAGAACGUCGCUUGGGUGAUCAAGGGGAACGGCACUGAGUGCCUCAACUUCUGUGACUUGGAGCUUUUUGCGGACAGGCUCUGCUCUGGAAACGGGGACACGUCCAAGACUUGGGACACCGUGAAGGUCUUCGACCAGUUCACCGACUAUGAGGACGGCUACGCCUGGAGUGCGGCUUGCACGAACCCCUGGACCUCCAGCUGCACCUCAGCAACUCGCCUCGGGGAGGUCUCCGGCUGUGGGGACUCGGACUCGAGCUCGAUCAAUUGGAUAGGCUUUGAGUUCGCAGAGACGCGGCAAGUGCAGUGCUGGCAGGCCACCAUGAUGGCACAAGCCAGGGAGGUGCAGGUCUUUGGGUGUCCUGUGGCUCCCCCACCGGUAGCUGAGCGUGGCUGCUGGAAGGUCGAGGAGAACUGUGCUCCGAUGUACCCCAACACCCUCACACCAGUCGUUGGAACCUGGACCGCUCGUGACAACCAGAUCUCAGCAGAUAUGUCCUGCUCUCUUGAUAUCGAGCUGCAUGUCGCGCAAGAGAGAUGGGAAAGCUUCGACGAGGGUUCCACAGAGCGUGUGUCGAACCCCAUCAUCAAUUGCUUCUGCCAGCAGCAGGUCCUCAACGUCGGGCCGGAAUUCUUGUUUCCCCCCUACGACACCGAGGAGAAGCUGGUGUGUCAAGAUUGGCUCGUCGACAACAGCCUCAAGAUUGCGAAGGUAAUCGGGGCCGCAGCGGCUGUCUUGGUGAUCAACCAGAUCCUUCUGCUGAUCUACGAGUUCCUGGUGGCCUUCGAGAGACACUGCACAGUCACGGAGGUGGCGCAGAGUCAGUUCUGGAAGCUCUUCUUGGCCCAGAUGGUCAACACAGGCUUGUUGGUUUUGCUUGUAAACGCCUCCUUGGACCUCCCGGAAGUCCUGAUGCCUUUGCGAGUGUUGCAGAUCGGUACCGGGCAAUUUGACGAGCUAUCCGUCUCUUGGUACAUUUCCGUCGGCACCGGCAUCUGCCUCACCAUCUUCAUGCAAGUUUUCAGCACGACGGUUCCGCCCUUGAUCAUGGCCUUUGUUGUGGGCCCUUGUUUGCAGUGCAUUUUCGGCAGGGGCGAGGUGGUGGAGGCACGUUUGCAAAGGAUCUAUCAGCUUCCUAAGUGGAACCUGUCUCUGCGCAUGGCACAGACUCUGACGGUGAUCUUCGUGAUCUGCAUGUAUUCUGGAGGCAUGCCAAUACUGUACUUCGUGGGCUUCGUCUACAGCAUCGUUGCCUUCUGGUUGGACAAGUGGUGUUUGCUGCAUGGCUCCUCAAAGCCACCUGCCUACAACGAGGCCAUCGUCCAUACUUGCUUGAACUUCCUUCCCCUUGCCGCUUUCUUCCACACGGUGAUUGCUGGUUGGAGCUGGGGCAAUCAGGAGCUCGUUCCCAGCGAGUGGAGCAGGCUCUUCUUUGUCGUGGAGAUAAUAUUUGGCAAGUCCAAGGAGGAUUACGAGACCAUCAUCAGCAGCUACAAUGCAGCGCCGGCUCGUGACAAGCCUUCUAUGCAGUGGGACUACUACGAGGCCCGGAUGAUGGACAUGGCAAGGGAAGGCUCUUGGCUCAUCUUCUGCACUUUCGUUGCCUUCGUGGUGUACUACGUCCUCCUUUGGAGCUACAAGCUCCUCUUGAGGCCCUUCCUGGCCCCGUUCGUCUUUGCCAUUCGUGAGUGUUGCUGCUGCUGCAGCCGCCGCCGUGCUUCAGCUGGGGACCAAAGCUGGGACACCUGUGUGCAGGAAUGCCGCAAGCACAGCACUCUAACCUCCUACCUGCUCAAGAACAACCCUUCGUACCACUCGGCUGCAGUGGCCAUUGCGCAUGGAGACCUUCGGGCACAGAGGCGUAUCUCAGAGUCGGACGCUCCAGAGGAGGCCGUACUGUGA